AACCUUUUUUUUGGGGGGAUCUCAACCACAAAAAAUCAAAACAAAAAUAAAAAAUGUUCCAUGUUAAGAAUCCAUUUGCACAAACAAGGAUGUGCUGAAAAAAAAAAUGUUCAACUCUUUGAUUCUAAUCAUUCUCUUCUUCAAAUUUUGCACUUCCCUUGACACCUUAACAACAAACCAAUCCAUCAAGGAUGGCCAAUCUUUGAUUUCCAUAGGCAACAAUUUUGCCAUAGGCUUCUUCAGCCCUGGCAACUCUAGCUACAAGUAUCUUGGCAUUUGGUAUGUCAAAGUGACACCACAAACUGUUGUGUGGGUUGCAAAUAGGAACCAUCCUAUUAUUGAUUCUUCUGGAGUUCUCUCAAUCAACCAACAUGGAGAUCUUGUCCUCCAUGACAGUAAUAAACGUCUACUUUGGUCUACAAAUGUUUCUGUCCAAGACCAAGUGACAACCUCCUCGGUAGCUCAGCUUCAUGAUUCAGGAAACUUGGUAUUAGUCCAGGACAAUAACAAAAAGGUAGUGUGGCAAAGCUUUGACCAUCCUACAGAUACUCAGCUUCCAAACAUGAAGCUUGGUUUGAAUCUUGGAAUUAACAUGUUCCUAACAUCUUGGAAGUCAAAAGAUGACCCUGGAACUGGAAACUAUAGCUAUAAGAUUAAUCCUAAUGGCUCUCCACAAGUGUUUUUGUACGACGGUUCAACCCCAUAUUGGAGAACUCCUCCUUGGCCAUGGAAUAAUGUGACCACUGCAACAAGCUCAUUAGAUGAUAAGUCCAUUUUUGUUAACAACCAAGAUGAAAUAUCUUGGUACUAUUUUGAUAAUGACCCUUCCUUCAUAACAAGAGUAGUGUUGGACAGCACUGGAUUGCUUCAGAAACUUAGGUGGGAUGAUGGUGUUCAUCAGUGGAAGGAACAAUGGUCAGCACCUAAAUACCGGUGUGACAAGUAUGGGCAAUGUGGUCCAUAUAGCAAAUGCAAUCCUGAUAAUAUUAAUAAGUUUGAGUGCAUGUGUCUACCAGGGUAUGAGCCUAAGUCUCCAAGGGAUUGGCAUCUCAGAGAUGGUUCUGAGGGUUGUGUGAGGAAGAACUCGGGGUUGUCCAUGUGUAAAAAUGGAGAAGGUUUUGUAAAAUUGGAGCAUUUGAACAUUCCCGAUUCAUCACUUGAUGCAGCUUGGAUAGGCAUGAGUAUGAGUAGCUCAGAGUGUGAGCAGGCAUGCUUGACGAAUUGUUCUUGCACAGCUUUUACCAGCAUGAAUAUUGAUGGGAAGGGAACUGGAUGCUUGGCAUGGUAUGGUGAAUUAAUGGACAUUCUAGAGUACGCAGAUGAAGGGUCAGAUCUAAAUGUUCGUGUGGAUGCGAUUGAGUUAGCGAAGUAUAUAAGGAAAUCCAAAGGCUCUCUUAGCAAGCAGAGGAAGCUGGCUAUUGCAUUAGUGUCUAUUGUUGUGCCAAUGUUUCUGGUAUCCUUACUAGCCUAUAUUUGGCUAGCGAAGAAGAAGAAAACAAAAGUGAAGAGAAAAGUACACAAGCAAUCAUUAAAUUUUGCGAGUACCAAAGUUUCUUUCGAGGGGCAUGAGCUCGAGGACAGUAGUACGCAUCCAGAUUUACCGAUUUUCGAUCUAAGCUGCAUAGUUGCUGCCACUGAAAAUUUCUCUCCUACCAACAAACUUGGGCAAGGAGGUUUUGGCUCUGUAUUUAAGGGCCAAUUAUCUAAUGGACAACAUAUAGCUGUAAAAAGGCUGUCCAAGAGUUCUGGACAAGGAAUAGGAGAAUUCAAAAAUGAAGUUAUGUUGAUUGCAAAACUUCAACACAAGAAUCUUGUUAAAUUGUUUGGCUGUUGCAUUCAAGAGGAUGAAACGAUGCUUAUUUAUGAAUACAUGCCCAACAAAAGUUUAGACUCUAUUAUUUUUGAUCAUACAAGAGCAUCAUUCCUAAAUUGGAAGAAACGCUUUGAAAUCAUCCUUGGGAUUGCUCGGGGAAUUUUGUACCUUCACCAAGACUCAAGACUAAAAAUAAUCCAUAGGGAUCUUAAAGCCAGCAAUGUUCUAGUAGAUGCUGAGAUGAAUCCCAAGAUUUCUGAUUUUGGCAUGGCUCGUAUAUUCAAAGAGGACCAAACUCAAGAUAAGACAACCAGAGUUGUCGGAACAUAUGGUUACAUGUCACCAGAGUAUGUAGUAUUUGGACAAUUUUCAACAAAAUCAGAUGUCUUUAGUUUCGGUGUCAUAUUAUUGGAGAUUGUGAGUGGCAAGAAGAAUUGUGAUUCUUAUCAGAAGCAUCCUUCUCAAAAUUUGAUAGGGCAUGUUUGGGAACUAUGGAGAGAAGAUAGAGCUUUGGAUAUAGUUGAUUCAUCGAUAAAGGAGUCAUAUGUUUCUGAUGAAGUUUUGAGAUGCAUUCAAGUUGGUCUAUUAUGUGUUGAAGAAAAAGUAGUGGAUCGGCCAACUAUGUUUGUAGUUAAUCUUAUGCUGAGCAGUGAAACAACUCUUCCUUCUCCUAAAAAACCUGCCUUCAUUUUAGGAAGUCCUUCCAAAAAAUUGGACUCAGUCAUAGGAGGAGCUUCUUGUUCUAUAAAUGAAGUGACAAUAACUAAAUUUGAAGCUAGAUAAAGUUUUCCAGAUUAAUUUUGCUAGUAAUGUGUCAUCGGAGAUCUUAGGUCUAACAACAUUGGUUCCCAUAAACCAACCUAAAAAAUCUCUAAGUCAUUGUAAAGAAUACAUUAAAAGAAUCACAACAGGGUCUUACUGCUAUAGUUUAUGUGGUCAUUAAUCAUUGAAGAGUAUUUUUUUCGCUGAUCAAUACCUCUUAUGUGUAUUAGUGUGAUGUAUUCACCAUUAUGGAUAAAUAAUUCUCUUUGUAUAUGCGUAGCAUAAAUCAGUUUUGUUGCAUGUACAUAUUAGUUGUGACAUUAAUGUAGAUGCAUAAAUUAGUACAAAAUAUGCUACUUCUAUAAAUUUGUAAAGUCCCACUAAAGUGAGUUUUUUUUUUUUUCCUCCCCCCAUAUUCUUUAA